AUGAAGCGUAAGCAAAGGGAGAUAUCCUCGGAUGAAGACCCCAUACAAUCAGAGCUAUCUACUACGCCAAAGAGACCCAGACAAACGCCCCGAAAAGAUGAUGAGUUGAACGGAACGCCAACGAAGCACGCCGCUCCUGACACACCUUCAAGUCGACUAAGGACUCGAUUGACCAAACAAACACCAACGAAGAAUGUGGACUUUGCUUCAGAUUUAGAGUCAUCACUCAAGACGCCGACAGCGAGAGCACUGUUUAAGACACCCACCAAGCUAAGAAACAUUGAUAAGGGAACGCCCAAGGGAACACCAUCACGAAUUCAGAAUGCAGACAGAUCAGCAAAGAGGAAAAGUGCAAGGGUGCUUCUUGAUCCCCAUGAAGAUGAUUUAUGGGAUGGCAGCAAUAGUUUAGCGCGAGAAAUCUGGGACGUUCCCUCUGAUGACAAUGUGACACCCAAUGUCGAUACUACUGGGGAGGGAGCGAACAAGCCAAAGGCGCCUGAGCCCAAGCCGAAAGAAGUAUCGAAAGAGGCACCCAAAGAACCUCCUGUCACCCCUCGGAAACGAGGCAGGCCCCCGAAGGUUCGAGAACCUCAAGAUCAAACGCCGAAAACACCUAAGACGCCCAAGACACCAAGGAGAAACGAACGAGUUGCGACGCCAGAGGGAGAUCUACCACCACAAGAGAAAUUUUUUUUUCAAACUCGGACCGGACCGGUACAGACAUCCAAUAAUACUAUGGCUAAAUCGUCGUUGUUUACCCAUGAAGAGUUUUUCGAACAGAUUGGGAAAUACAAGGACCCACUACAAGAGGAAAAGGAUUAUUUGCUGGAACUUCACGAGCGCUCCUUUCCGCAGUGGAAUUUUGAAAUGACGGAAGGAUUCAAUGUGUGCAUAUACGGGUAUGGAUCUAAAAGGAAACUUGUCCAGAGAUACGCAGAUUGGCUGUAUGAGCACUACAGUCAUGCCCCUGCAAUAGUGAUUGUGAAUGGAUAUACACCUGAUAUCACCAUCCGAUCUAUUCUAGCAACUGUUGCUACUGCUAUUUUAGGCCCCGAUGAUACCUCAAAACUCGGUGUUCAGCCAAAUGACGUGUUGGAGUCUAUUCGUGCGGCUCUGCUCAAACACCCUCCUCCACAGCCAAUCACAGUUCUUAUAAAUUCCAUUGAUGCACCACCAUUGCGUCGCGCGCAGCAACAGUCGCAUCUGGCUCGACUUGCUGAUAUACCCCAUAUCAACGUCUUGGCAACUGCCGAUACUCCCAACUUUCUCGUUCUAUGGGAUAUUACCCUUCGGGAUAAAUUCAACUUUGUAUUUCACGACUGCACAACAUUUGCUUCAUAUAACGUUGAACUAAACGUUGUGGACGACGUGCAUAGCUUGAUCGGGCGUAAAGUCCGACGAGUUGGUGGUAAACAGGGUAUUGGAUUUGUGCUGAAGAGUUUACCAGAGAAUACGCGCAAGCUCUAUCGAUUACUAAUUACGGAGAUCCUUAUGAUGCUAGGGGACAACCAAGACGGCGAGGAAGAAGAUGAUGCUCAGGUUGAGGCCGAAGACCUUGAAGAAGGUGACACUCGAAGUCGAAAGGGGGCGGCCAUAGAAUGGCGAGCUCUUUUUCAUAAAGCCUCAGAAGAGUUUAUUUCCUCGUCUGAGAUGAUGUUCAGAACGCAGCUGAAGGAAUUCUAUGACCAUCAGAUGAUCACAUCAAAGCUGGACCCUAGUGGUGCAGAGUUGCUUGGCGUUCCUCUAUCACGAGAGGAAAUGGAAAGCAUUUUGGAAGACCUUGUCAUCGAUGGAUGA